GUAUAGCGACAUGGGUUUUACAAAGAUGGCUGACGAGAAAUACAGUGACAAAGAAAGGUUCAGGGAGGACAGUGGUGAUCGGGACCGUGACCGAUUCAGGAACAAAAGGAAGAGACAUGAUAGUGACCAGGGCGAAGAGUCCGAAAAGUUCCGUAAACUUUUUAUUGGAGGCCUUAGUUAUGAUACCACUGAUGAUGAGUUAAAAGCUUACUUUGAGAAAUGGGGCGAUGUUGUUGAUUCUAUUGUGAUGAAAGAGACUGGAACACAGAGGUCUCGGGGAUUUGGAUUUGUAACAUACAGUGAGUCAAAGAUGUUAGAAGAUUGUCAAGCAUGUCGACCUCAUGUUAUCAAUGGAAGACAAGUGGAUACUAAAAGAGCUAUGCCUCGUAAUGCUGGAGGUAGUUCAGGUGGUGAUGGUUUGAAAGAGUCAGUUUACAAGUUAUUUGUUGGUGGCAUCAGGGAUAUUACAACCAAUGACUCACUACGUGAAGAAUUUUCUCAGUUUGGAGCAGUAAAGCAUGUGGAGCUGAUGAUGGAUAAAGUGACUGGACGUCAUAGAGGGUUUGCCUUUGUCACUUAUGAAGACUUUGAUUCUGUGGACAAAGCUGUUAUUAAGAAACACUUAGAAAUAGAUGGUAAGAUGGUUGAAGUGAAGAAAGCAGAGUCCAUUUCCAGCAGAAAAAAUAAAAGAGACUCAAUGGACACAAGAAUGAGUAAAGGAAACAUGGGAAAGUCUGGAAUGGGAAUGAAUAACAAUAGCAGUAUGGGAAAUAUGGGUGGUGGCAUGGGAAUGAAUAACAAUAGUAUGGGAAUGGGAAUGGGCAAUAUGGGUAUGGGAGGAAAUAUGGGUAUGGGUGGAAACAUGGGCAUGGGUAAUAUGGGAAAUUCUGGAAUGGGAGGAAAUAUGGGCAACAUGGGAAAUAUGGGAAUGGGUGGAAAUAUGGGUAACAUGGGUAUGGGUGGCAACAUGGGAAUGGGUGGCAACAUGGGAAUGGGUGGUAAUAUGGGAAUGGGUGGCAAUAUGGGAAACAUGGGUAUGAGUAAUAUGGGAAUGGGCAUGGGAAUGCCAAAUUAUGGCAUGGGUAUGGGUAAUAUGGGGGGUAUGGGCAUGGGUAACAUGGGCAUGGGAAAUAUGGGUAUGGGUAGCAUGCAAGGUUCAGGAAGUAACCCACAAACGACUGCUGCUGUUACAGACGGCAAAGAUAAAUCUGUUACAGCAUAUAGUGGUCAAUCAUCUACAGGUCAGUCUGGUAGUCAACAAGGUCAAACUACUGGUCAGGGUCAAAUGGGUCAAGGUCAAAUGAUGGGCAAUAUGGGUGGUAUGAUGGGAAACCCUAUGGGGAUGAUGGGAAUGAUGAAUCCAAUGAUGGCAAAUCAGAUGGCCAUGAUGGGAAUGGGUAAUUAUGGGUAUGGGAAUAUGAUGGGGAUGGGAGGUAACAGCCAGAUGCAAGGCCAGAUGCCCAAUCAAAUGCAAGGCCAGAUGGGAAAUCAGAUGUCUGGUCAAAUGGGAGGUCAAGGCAGUGGUCAAAUGGCACAAAUGCAAGGACAAAUGGGAAAUCCGAUGCAAGGGCAGAUAAGUGCUAUGGCAGGCAGCUAUGGUACACAACAAGGCAACACUGGUACUGAUGGAAAGUCUGCUUCAUCAUAUGGCAUGGCUUCUCAGGCAGCUUAUGGUUCUCAGAAUGAUCAAGGAUGGUCUGGCAUGGGUGAUUAUUCAGGGGCUGGAUCAGUAAAGUCAGACAACACAGGAAGCCAAAGGUGAAGCCUCAGAAUGCAGCCAGUGGUAUAUGUUGACUAACAGUGGUAGCUAGAACAUUUGGUUGGACAUAGUGUUUAAUGUAUAUACAUGUGUGUGACCAACUACUGUGAGGACAUAGUGUAUAGUAGGUGUACAUAUGAACUCGUAAACACAGGAUGAUAUUUGUAACUUGAUGAAAUUUGAAGGGACUCUACCUGCAAUCAGGAUGGUAGUGUAUGGAAUAGUGGUUGUACAUAGUGGAAAAAUACAAUCAUUUACUCUCACUGGUAACUGUAUUAAUGGUAGUGUUUAGCUUAGUUUAUAGCAGUUACAAAGUUUAUACAAAAUGUAAUGUGAAUAUGAUUUACUUAGAAUGUUGAUAAAUUUUACUAUAAUGUAUGUAUGUAUGUGAAAGUUUUAGAAAAGUAGCUCUAACUGCAAAAGUUUUUGGUUUACUAUGAUAUUGUAUGUUUAUCUAGAAAAUAGGAGUUGCAUGUAUUCUUGUAAAUAGUGCAUUCUUACAUUCUUAUAAAUGACAUACUAUUUUAUAUAUAAGGAUUUUAAAUUUUAUUGGAACAUCUUUUAAGGUUGAGAUGUGGUAAAGUUGUAUUACUAGAUAGUGAAUUGAUGCUCAAACACAGAUGUAUGCCUCUUUUUCCAUUUUUGCAUAAGGCAUUAUUUGUUAAAAGAGCUAUUGUUAAAUACAUAGGAGCUAGUACUUAGAUUUUGAAUUGGACUGUUGAAGAACUAAAAAUCAGUCUGAGUGCAAUUUUUAAAAAGUAGAUGAGCAGUAGAUAAAAUAAGUGACUUAAAAGGUAAGUAACAAGAAUAACAAGUACUUUAUUACAAAUCAUGGUAAUAUUGUGUUUUUCACAAGAAAUAUUUGUAAUUAUUAUUGUAUGAUUGAAGUAGGCAUACUAAUAAGCUUUGAUAAUGUGGCAGUUGAGUCCAAUAAGUCCAGGGGUGUUCAAAGAUAAUCCGUCACAGAUCUAUUGUAAAGCAAUUAUUGGAUUUACCUGUAUUGGAAAAUAAACAGUGUCGAUUGUAUUGAGGUCAACUGCCACAUUAUCAAAGUUUAUUAGUACAAGCGAAGAACUGUUAACCUUAUGUGGGUGGUCCAGUUUUUACAUCUCUUAGUCCAUAUGUAGAUCUUAAUUAGCUCACAUGAGCACAAUGUGCUCGAGGUGAGCUAUUUACUUGUCACUUGUCAUUCAUCGUUUGUCCGUCCACACUUUUCUUCAAACAAUAUCUCCUCUGAAACCAUUUUUUGGAAGUUGAUGAAACUUGGCCUGGAUGUUCCUUGAGCGGUCUUCUUCCAAAAUUAUUCAAAGGAUCUGCUUUGUUGCACAUGUAUCAAAACGGCAUCCUCUCCUAAACCGCUGACUUGAUUUUGAAAUAAUUUCACACAAGGACCUUGUGUGACCCUUAACCAAGAUUUUCAAAUUAUUUUGAUCUGUCAAAAAACAUGGCCACCAAAAGGCAUGGUCACUUUAAAAAUCUUAUAUGAAACUGCAGGCAAAUGAUCCUUUAAUGACCCUCUACCAAGAUGGUUCAAAUUACUUUGAUUCGUCAAAAAACGUGGCUGCCAAGUGGCGUGGUUACUCUUUCCUUGUAUGUUAUAAUGUAUAUAUUGGAAAAUUUAAAAAUCUUGUCAGAAACAGCUGACCCAAUUUCAAAAUAAUUUUACACAAAUGUUUCUUGGUAGACGAAGAUUAUACAAAUUAUUUUGUUUCAUCAAAAAACAUGGUCACCAGGGUGUGUGGCUUUCCCUAUAUGUAUAUAGUGGAAACUUUAAAAAUCUUCUUGUUUGAUAUUGUCAUAUUACAUCAUUCCUUCCCAACCCCAACAGCACACGCAUACACAUCACUUGCCUGUAUUUAUUUAGUAGAAAUAUUUGAGAUAUUUUUGUCGGAAAACACUGGCACUGUUUCAGAAUAAUUUCCUUGCAUAACCAUCAACCAGAACUGUUCAGGCAAGCAGCAUAACUCAGGCGAGCCAUCUAGGGCCAUCAUAGCCCUCUUGUUUGUUUUAACUAUAAUGUUUCUAUUGUAUGUACAUGUAUUUUUUCAUUUUCAUCAUUUUACAUAGAAUCUUGUUUCAGUACACCAGAAGAUGUAUCUGGUUAUAGAAUCAUUUGUAUUUCAGUUUGUAUUUAGAGUCAAAAGGCAAGCAGUUGUUAGUUUAAGUUUUAUACUUAUCUACGAUUCUAGAAAUGAAAUAAAGCUAAAGCUGUUUGAGGAUAUUUAUUUUAUAAUCUUUGUUUUUUAUUUGCCUUGGCAAUGUUUUGAAAAACAUCAAAGUUGCAAUUACAGAAAUCCUUCAAAAAAUAUGUUUGCAGUGUACUGACCAUCACACCAAAAUUGCUCCUCCUAACUCUGUGAAUGAUUGUUCAUCUCUGAAAGUGAGUUUGAGUACAAAGGUCAAAUAUCCUAUUCCAUUUUUAGCUCGACUUUUUGAAGAAAAAGUAGAGCUAUUGCACUCGCCCCAGCGUCGGUGUCGGCGUCGGCAUCGCCGUUGGUUAAAGUUUUUGAUAAAGUCUAAUAUCUCUGUUACUGUCAAAGCUAUUGACUUGAAACUUAAAAUACUUAUUUACUAUCAAAGUCUACACCAGGAAAAACAAUCCCCAUAACUCUUGAUUUGAAUUUUGACAGAAUUGUGCCCCUUUUUAACUUAGAAUUUUUGGUUAAAGUUUUUGAUAAAGUCAAAUAUCUCUGUUACUAUCAAAGCUAUUGACUUGAAACUUAAAAUACUUAUUUACCAUCAAAGUCUACACCAGACAAAACAAUCCCCAUAACUCUGUUUUGAAUUUUGACAAAAUUAUGCCCCUUUUUAACUUAGAAUUUUUAAAAAAAAAUUGAUAAAGUUAAAUAUCUCUGUUACUAUUAAAGUUUUUGACUUGAAACUCAAAAUAGUUAUUUACAAUCAAAGUCUGCAUCAGGAGACACAAUUCCCAUAACUCUGGUUUGAAUUUUGACAGAAUUUUGCCCUUUUUUAACUUAGAAUUUUUGGUUAUAGAAUUUUUGGUUAAAGUUUUGAGGAAGCCAUCCAGCUGGCUUACGGCUUACGGAAGGUCCGUGGUUCUACCCAGGUGCCUGCUUGUGAUGAAAUAGUGCACAGAGGGGCACCUGGGGUCUUCCUCCACCAUUAAAGCUGGAAAGUCGCCAUAUGACCUAAAAUUGUGUCGGUGCGAUGUUAAACCCAACAAAAUAAAUAAAUUGGUUAAAGUUUAUGAUAAAGUCAAAUAUCUCUGUUACUAUCAAAGCUUUUGACUUGAAACUUAAAAUACUUAUUUACCAUCAAAGUCUACACCAGGAGAAACAAUAUCCAUAACUCUGAUUUGAAUUUUGACAGAGUUAUGCCCCUUUUAACUUAGAAUUUUUUGUUAAAAGUCAAAUAUCUCUGUUACUAUUAAAGCUUUUGACUUGAAACUCAAAAUAGUUAUUUACUAUCAAAGUCUACACCAGGAGACACAAUUCCCAUAACUCUGAUUUGAAUUUUGACAGAAUUAUGUCCCUUUUUAACUUAGAAUUUUUUUUAUGGCAAAGCUCUAAUUCAGAGUCAAGGACUGAGAAAAGUCGAGCUCGCUGUCUUACGAACAGCUCUUGUUAUUGAUAAUAUUAUCAGUUAAUUGCAGUAAUGGUUCAACUUCAGUCUUCUUCAACCAGAACCUAAAUUCACUUCCCUCAAUCAGGUCUGUACUGAAGGAAACAAAUACCUACGGACCGACCAAUUUAAUUCUUGGUCAGAGCACAGAAAAUGUUUUUUGAGGGUAUCUUUGUUAGUCGAAAAAAGAAAAAAAAGAGGUGGUUUUUAGGUUUUUGAUCCUAGUAUUUUAUUCUGAAUGGUCAGUAGACAACAAGGAAUACAAAAUACUGUAUAGUUAUAUUUCUGUUAUUAUCACAGCAACUCAGAAUUAUGUUGGCAGAUAAAUUCAUUUUGUCUUGUCUGGCUGUUGGACUUUCACAAAAAGUUUGUAGGGAGGAGCAGGAUUUGAACUAAAUUUUGUAGGAAGAUGUAGCACUAAGGUCACUCUUACAUAUUAUCAGCACUUUCCUGUUGAACAAAUUGUAAUAGAGUAAUGACACCAUUAAGGUGAUUUUGGAGAGUGUGGUAACCAAUGUACCAAUUCUAGUGCAACUUAAAGUAGUGUAGUGGUUGCUUUAGACGUUAUCCAAAAAUAAACUUAAAGUGGUCAAACUUCUUCCAGUGAUUGCUUGUGUUCAGUAGAUGACCUGUAUUGUUUGGGGAUCAAAGUUCAAGGUCACAGUGACCUUAGGAUAUGUUUUUACAAACAGAUGUUCUUCAGUUAUUGUUGAUUAGUUAUGGGUGCAUACAAUUACUUUUAUAAUUUUGGUCAUUUAUCUUUCUAUUUAAAAAAAACAACAAAACUUGUGUCACAAACAUUGUAGUUUCAACCUUUUCUUCAGUCUUUGUGCUAUAGUGGGGUAUUGCAGAACAGUUCACUUUUCCAUUUAAAUGAAGGGGUACAGCAAGGUUUUUAUGCGCCCGUUUGAAAAAUGGGACGUAUUAUGGGAAUGCCCCUGGCGGGCGGGCGGGCGGGCGGGUGGUCGGGCGGCGUCCACAGACCUUGUCCGGAGCAUAUCUUCUACAUGCAUGAAGGGAUUUUGAUGAAACUUGGCACAGUUGUUCACCAUCAUGAGACGGAGUGUCAUGCGCAAGAACCAGGUCCCUAGGUCUAAGGUCAAGGUCACACUUAGAGGUCAAAGGUCAAAUUCAAGAAUGACUUUGUCCGGAGCAUAUCUUCUUCAUGCAUAGAGGGAUUUGAUGAAAGUUGGCACAAUUGUUCAUCAUCAUGAGAAGGAGUGUCAUGCGCAAGAACCAGGUCCCUAGGUCAAAGGUCAAGGUCACACUUAGAGGUCAAAGGAUACAAGAAUGAAAACUUUGUCCGGAGCAUUUCUUCUUCAUGCAUAGAGGGAUUUUGAUAUAACUUGGCACAAAUGUUCACCACCAUGAGGCGGAGUGUCAUGCGCAAGAACCAGGUCUCUAGGUCUAAGGUCAAGGUCACACUUAGAGGUCAAAGGAUACAAGAAUGAAAACCUUGUCCGGAGCAUUUCUUCUUCAUGCAUAGAGGAAUUUUGAUAUAACUUGGCACAAAUGUAUACCACCACGAGACGUAGUGUCAUGCGCAAGAACCAGGUCCCUAGGUCUAAGGUCAAGGUCACACUUAGAGGCCAAAGGUCAGAUACAAGAAUGACUUUGUCCGAAGCAUUUCUUCUUCAUGCAUGGAGGGAUUUUGAUGUAACUUGACACAAUUAUACACCAUCAUGAGACGAAGUGUCAUGUGCAGUUCUCUUCUUUAGAAUUACUUCCCUUUGUUGUUACUAUAAAUAGCUUAUAUUGUAACUUUUUCAUUACUAGUCGUAGGGAAAAAUCGAGACCACUUUUCUGUAGUACAACAUGCAUGCUACAUCCAAUUUUGAGGUGUAUUUUGACCAGUCUCUACCUGGUAAAGAUUUUUGUGAGGACUUACAAUUUUUUUUUCUUUUAAGAUUAACUUCCCUUAGUUGUUACUAUAAAUAACUUAUAUUGUAACUUUUUUAUAAUUGACUGUAGGGAAAAACCAAGACCACUUUUCUGUGGUACAACAUAGAUGUUACUUUCCAACUUUAGGUGUAUUUUAAGGUAUCUCUACCUGGUAAGGAGUUUUUUUGUGGACUUAGAAAACAAAACACUUAGUUAUUACUAAACAGCCACAAAAUUAAAAUUCCAUUUGCAAAUACAGGUGCUAGAGUAAAGAAAUUUGCUGUGACGGGCGUAUAUUGUGACAUUCUUGCACUCUUGUUGCUUUUACUAAAAGCAGUCGCUAAUUCCAGAUAUGUUAUGUUGUUAUAACAUUUAAUUGUACAUUUUAAUUGCACAUUAGUUUGAAGUAUUUUAAGGCAGUGCUAAAAGAGUAUUGAAUCUUUAGGUAGUAUUUUGUAUCAGUUGAUAUGGUAGUUUAAUCAGUUCAGGACAUAGGACAUGGUUACAUAUUUACUUCUACCAAUAUAGAUUAAGAUUAUUCUACAUUUUGUUGAAACUGAAGUUAUGACUUCAAGCAGUUAUGAGAGCAUAGUAUUUGAAUAUAUAAAAUAAAUUAUUCAUUAUUGUAAAUCAGACUGGAAAAUUUAAUGUAAUUACUAUAAAAGUUUCUUUUUCUAUUUGCAAAAAUGUAAUUUUCCAUAUGAUUCGUAGUGAAAAUGUGUUGAGGUUCAAAUCUGUCAGACUGGUCUAUACAAAAAUUGUCUGGAUUAACAAUUUUUCUCUGUGUGUGUGCUGGAGAUUUUAAUGUGUUUUUUUUCUUCAGAAUCAACAGUUAAAACAAAUUGUAGAAAAAUAUGAUUUCAGCUUUAAUAUCUACAUUGAUGUAGAAUUAUUUUAGGUUAAAACAAAUUUGUUUUGAAUAUGUUUCUGUAAUUACUGUAUGGAAAAUAUUUUAUGUAGCAUAAGAAAAUAUGUUGUAAAAUUA